UGAAAGUUGUUAAAAGUGAAAAGAAACCUUAUAGUCAGAAUGAUGAAGGAGCUUCGCAUAAAGAACAUCCUCGCUGGCCUCUUCACUUCGGCGCUGUGCUUUGGACUCUCCAUGGCGUCGUAUCCCGACAGCGUAAACGUGGCUUCGCGCUCGUCUGGACUGCAGGGCUGUCGGGCGACCACCACUUCCGUGCGCUUCAGGACCCUGACGAUGCGAGGGCCGAAAUCGAUGGUGACGUAUCGACGCCUUCCGAUCACGGCGAGCGAUUUGGCCUCCGUAACGACUGCGUCCAAUAACAUCGCAGCUUCGGAUGUGGUUCAGUGCGCAAGAAUGUCUGCUUUGGCAAAUAUGACUGCCUUUGCGUUCGAUGGAACCUGCACGGCUUACCAAUUCAACAGGAAGCUCUGCUCCUGUCUUGGUGGCGAGAAAGUCAUUUACGUUGCGAAUUCCAGCGUUUCCUACGGACCCCCUGCAACUGUGCCUUUCAGUACCGCUCCCUACAUCAACACCACUGUCGAAAACAUCGUAUUCAAGAAGUACCAGCUCGUGAAUUUCUUCUCGGAUGUCCUUUCUCAAGAUUUGCAAUCAUUUGACGGAUAUGCGGUCCAAAAUCCCCAGUACUAUUAUGUCUUACCUCGAGAAGACGGUUUCAACGCUGCUCCUGUCUACUAUUUGGACGUGGCUUCUUGCGUCACUGACACCCCAUGCGGGAUGCCCGUCCUCGUCAACACAAUUUGGCCGACUUAUUACAUACUAAACGAAUGCGGCAAAACCAUCCAACUCUCGCCUCAAAAUAGAGGAGAUAAAUUUUUGGUGUACUCACAUCCCGGGCUUGGAUGCAAGGCUUUCCCCGAUGGUCCGACCUACAACUGCAACGUCACCUUCACGUCACCUACUACACUGUUCGUUCUCUAUGCUGGUUAUUUUUCUGGCGCUGACGGGUCUUGCGACGGCUACACGCUGGGCCUUGAAAGAAUUCUGCACGGCACUUCAGAAAACGUUAAUUUGUGCACCGAUGAAUGGCGCGACAUCUUCGAUUCUGUAACAAUCACUCUCCGAGGCACUGCCGCGGCGAAGACGUUCAAAGCGGGGUUCUCUUUUUAUAUGAGUUAUUGACGGACUAGUGUCUAUACGUGUCUUCCGCCUAGUCCCAUAAUGAUGAGACUGGCCGCCUAGUGUCUACGUGUCUACCACCUAGUCUCAUAAGUGAUGAGACUGGCAGUAUAGUGUCUCCGUGUCUACCACCUAGUCUCAUAAGUGAUGAGACUGGCAGCCUAGUGUCUACUUGUCUACCACCUAGUCUCAUAAGUGAUGAGACUGGCAGCCUAGUGUCUACGUGUCUACCACCUAGUCUCAUAAGUGAUGAGACUGGCAGCCUAGUGUCUACGUGUCUACCGCCUAGUCUCAUAAGUGAUGAGACUGGCAGCCUAGU